UCUGAUUGGAUGAGCCCAAUGCAAGAGGCUACGUCAUUGUUCUCAUUAGCGAACAGGUUAGCAAGCCGUCACCAACUGCAGCAGGUGAUGAACGACGCUCGGUGAGGGAUCCGCGCGACAGAUAAUGGCGGCUACUCGACCAGCUCAACUUUGAUUCGAACGUUACCAAGUGUCGCCAUAGCUACAGAAGAGGAAACUGAGCACUUGCGGUUGAAGCUGUGCCUUUCAGGUGACGUCACCGAGCUGUUUUACCGUUAAGUAAGUUACCGCUAACUUGGCCACCAUGUCAGAGAAAGCUCCUCUCCUUCAUUACCGACUCACCGGCAGCAGCAGUCCGCCCACGAGAGAUGUUUCCAGGCGCAGCGGGGCCAAGGAGGGCCGAGACGGUCGACGGUCCAAGGACAAGCCUGCCCCGAAGCUCGGAGUGGUGUUCGGCGUGGUCACACCGACUCUGCUGUCCAUGUUUAGCGUCGUUGUGUUUCUGAGAAUUGGAUUUGUCGUGGGUCAAGCAGGGCUCUACCAGGCCGUCGCCAUGUUCCUAGUGGCCUACCUGAUCAUCACCAUGACCGUGCUUUCCAUCUGUGCCAUCUCCACCAAUGGGGCUUUAGAUGCUGGAGGUGCCUACUACAUGAUCAGCCGAGCCCUGGGUCCAGAGUUUGGCGGCAGCAUCGGGAUCAUGUUUUUCUUUGCCAAUGUGUGCGGCAGUGCUCUUUAUGUUUUAGGUCUGGUUGAGGCUGUCAUGUCUACCUUUGGCAUCCCAGAGGAGGGUGUUGCAGCUGUUGCAGGUGCCCAUCAGAUGUUGCCUUCAGGAUACUGGUGGUCUCUGCUGUAUGGCACUGUCCUGCUCUUCCUGUGUUUCAUUGUCUGCUUGGUAGGAGCCCACAUCUAUGCAAAAGCCACCUUUAUUAUCCUCAUCAUAGUUGGGGUUGUUUUGGCUACCAUCUUCCUCAACUUUUUCAUUGUGGGCCCCAUUUUGGUGAUUCUGCCAAAUAGUUCUGGUCUUAACAGUACCAGCCUGAGCAGCGCCAAUUACACUGGCCUCAAGCUCCACACCUUGGAGGGCAACCUAUUGCCCAAAUACACAGUGGACUACACCACCGGUGCCACAAUGAGUUUUGCUACAGUGUUCGCUGUCAUGUUCAAUGGCUGCACUGGGAUCAUGGCAGGCUCCAACAUGUCAGGCGACCUGAAAAACCCCAGCUAUUCCAUCCCAAGAGGAACGCUUGCAGCUGUUCUUACAACUUUCAUCACAUACAAUGUGCUGAGUCUGCUGGCUGCGGGGUCCUGUGACCGACAACUCCUCCAAAAAGACUACAGUUUCCUGAGUGACAUUAAUAUAUGGCCGCCCCUCGUGACUAUUGGGAUUUACUCCUCCACCAUGUCUGCUGCCAUGAGUAACCUGAUAGGAGCCUCCAGGAUCCUGUAUGCCCUGUCCAAAGACUGCCUGUUUGGUGGUGUGCUGGCCCUGGCGAAGAAAACGUCUCUGAGUGGGAACCCCUGGGCCUCGGUGCUAGCCUCUUGGCUGCUUGUACAGGUGGUGCUGUUUGCUGGUAAAUUGAACACCAUUGCUAGUAUUGUAACCAUCUUCUUCCUGUUGGUCUAUGCUGCUGUGAACCUGGCAUGUUUGGCUCUCGAAUGGGCCUCUGCACCAAACUUCAGACCCUCAUUCCGAUGCUUUACAUGGCAUACCUGCACUCUGGGCAUUCUUGGUUCUCUGGUCAUGAUGUUCCUGAUCAAUGCUAUUUAUGCAUUUGCCAGCAUAGCCUUCAUGCUGCUGCUGUUGAUGCUUAUCCACUACCUCGGUCCCAUCAGCAACUGGGGCUUCAUCAGUCAGGCUCUCAUCUUCCACCAGGUUCGCAAGUACCUGUUGAGGUUGGAUGUGCGUAAGGACCAUGUGAAGUUCUGGAGGCCCCAGCUGCUGCUGAUGGUGGCAAACCCUCGCAGCUGUACAAAUCUCAUGACUAUCAUUAAUGACCUGAAAAAGAGUGGACUUUUAGUACUGGGACAUGUAAAGCUUGGUUUGCUGGAUGGGUUGCCCUCUGAUCCUCUGCCGAGCCGUUAUGACUCCUGGCUUUCUCUAGUGGACCAUCUGAACAUCAAGGCAUUUGUCAACCUAACCCUGUCAGACUCUGUCAGACAUGGAGUUCAGAACCUGCUAUUCAUCACAGGCUUUGGCGGAAUGAGGCCAAACACUCUUGUCUUGGGAUUCUAUGAUGACUGCACCCCUCAAGACGACCUCCAAGGUACAAUACUCCUGUCUACAGGUCAUGGAUUGGAUGUAGGGUCUCCAUCCAUAGACCCCGAGAGCAACGGUCUCCUCUUCCCUAAUGUGCGCAGCUCUGAGGAACUCAAAGACCUUUCGGAAGAGGAAUAUGUGUCAGUUAUUGCUGACGCUGUAAAAAUGGGGAAGAAUGUGACACUGGCUCGAUACUUCAGCCAGUUCAACCGCAAGGUCUUGGUGUCAGGAAGAAAGAUUGGGAGCCACAGAAGCAUGACAGGACCAUUUGUUGACGUGUGGCCUCUGAAUCUGCUUCGACCAGACAACCGCGGAUACGUCGACACCUGCUCACUGUUCCUACUGCAGUUGGCCUGCGUGCUUCAAGAGUCCCGUGCCUGGAGCCAGGCAAGACUCCGCCUCUUCCUGUGUGUGGAGGCUGGUUGCAGUCUGAAGGAAAAGGAGGAGAGGAAGCUCCGGGUGAUGCUAAAGAAGCUAAGGAUUUCAGCUCAGUUGCAGAUGGUGGCAUGGGACCAGGUGGUGGCGCUGCACUGGCAGAGACGAGGAGGAGAGAGUGGGAAUCUGGUGGAGUCUGCACAGAAUGAGGAGGGGCCAGAGGAAGAGGAGGAUGAGCAACGAGAUUGUAUCCAAACAUUUCCCAAUAAUGAUGCUCUGCUGACAGAUGAGUAUAUCUGUGCUGUCAACAAUCUGAUUCGCAGACACUGUGCCCCUCAGCCUGCUGUGCGCUUCCUGUAUUUGCCCCGGCCACCAGCAGACACCAGCCGCUAUCAGGCCUACCUGCACCAUGUGAACUUGUUGAGUCGAGACCUGGGCCCAACAUUGCUAGUUCACGGGGUCACUCCUGUGGUCACUACUGACCUCUAAAAUGUUACGCUCAUCUCUUAAUCAGUUAACAACCCUGAUCUAGUAUUUGCUGGUCCAUGAGACUGUGCCACUUUCCAUCAAUUUUUGCAACCAAUUAUUUAAGCUGUCAACCACAACAUAAGACCUGAUUAAACCAGUUUUAUACUCAAGUCAUACCCACACUCUGCAUUUAAUCAGAUUGUCUCCCUUAUGUUAUAAAAUAACUUUUUAGGGAAAAUGGAUUUGAUCACCUCAAAUUUACUUUUGUUGGAUAUUGAAAAUAAUGAGUUUUAAUCCUUUAAUCAUCACUUGGAGAAUGUCCCACAGUGGCAUAGAAAUGCACUAUUUGCACAGUAUUCUGUGGGGCGAAAGGAAAGUGCUUGCAGCUCCCUUGUAGUUAAAAUCCCAGUAUGUAUGUUUAUGAAAGUGCUUUGGCCAAUGCAUUUGUGAAAAUCCUACAAUUUAUUUAGAAUUGAUAAGAAAGACUCACUGCAAAUUAAUAUCUAUCGGGUUGUCGCGUGUAUUUUUAAAAAGGUGUUCUUCAAUCUGUUAAUGCAAUCUGGUCUAGUUAGAGCAGCUAUGAGGUACACCGAGUCCUGGCUGUUGAAUGCCUGCAGAGGGCGAUCUAUGCCCGGUGUCUUGGCAGUUCUCAUGUGCUGUACCAAGUUUCCAUUUACUAGGCUGUUGGUGUGCUGGAGUAAUAAUGCUAAUGCCAGAUUAUAAAUAGGAAUCUGUACUUUGAGUUCAUGCAGGCUAAUCAGACCUUCACGGACGCUGACCAGUACUGGUUGACUUGUUGCUGACAGGCUCUCAUGUUGACUUUGUAAAUAUUUGUAUGUCAGAAUUUAAGUGUUAUCAAGAUGGUGAGAGGUAAUUGUUUCACGUGUUUGUUUUGUAAAUGGGGCUAAAUUAAUUAAAGAACAAUAU